GUGCCUGCAACUCACCCAAGUAGCUCGGGGUCGACUCGGAAACCCCAGCGGACGGCUGCGAGGGGCGCGUGGAGUCGUGGGGUCACGAAGCCCGGCGGCCGGAGGGGCGACCCGGAGCACCUGCCGGGCACAGCGCGGGCGGCCGGCCGGCCGGCGGGGCUGCCCGGCGCGGGUGUCCCGGCGAUGUGUGGCGCUGAAGCGGCGGCGGGAGCAGCGGCGGCGGCGGCGGCGGCGGCGGCGGCGGCGGCGGCGGCGGCCUCGGCUUCGGCUUCGGCUUCGCGUCGGUGCCGGCGGCGGAGGCGGAGGCGCAGGCUCCUGCUCAGCACCUGGCGAGCCCGGGCCUAAGCCGCGGCCCCGCGAAGCCCUUGCACAGCGCCUCGGGCCGAGGCCUUCCCCGCCUCACCCUGCCCCGGGAGCCUGCUUCCCCGGCCGGGGAUGAGGCCGGGAGGCGACCGCGCGGGGCCCAGCACAAAGGCUUGUCCCCAGGGGCCGCCGCCUCCGCCGCUGCUGCCGCCAGCCUAGAGCCGCCCGCCGAAGCCGAGCCGGCGCCGGGCCGCUCAUCCCCGCCGGUCCCCACUGGCGGCUGCUGCCCGGCUCCCCGAGGCCCAGGGGCCCGAGCUCCCAGCCCUCGGCUGCGAGGGGACCUGGCAGCAGCGCAGCCUCCGCCGCUCUUGGCUGCGGGCGCCCUGCGAAGCAUGUCGGAAGAGAACGACAUGGAGAAAGCCAUCAAGGAAACCUCCAUUUUGGAAGAAUACAAUAUCAAUUGGACUCAGAAGCUGGGAGCUGGAAUCAGUGGUCCAGUUAGAGUCUGUGUGAAGAAAUCUACCCAAGAACGGUUUGCACUGAAAAUUCUUCUUGAUCGUCCAAAAGCUAGAAAUGAGGUACGCCUGCACAUGAUGUGUGCCAUACACCCAAAUAUAGUUCAGAUUAUUGAAGUGUUUGCUAACAGUGUACAGUUUCCUCAUGAGUCCUGUCCCAGGGCUCGACUCUUAAUUGUAAUGGAGAUGAUGGAAGGGGGAGAGCUAUUUCACAGAAUCAGCCAGCACCGGCACUUUACAGAGAAGCAAGCCAGCCAAGUAACAAAGCAGAUAGCUCUGGCUCUACAGCACUGUCACUUGUUAAAUAUUGCGCACAGAGACCUCAAACCUGAAAAUCUGCUUUUCAAGGAUAACUCUUUGGAUGCUCCAGUGAAACUGUGUGAUUUUGGAUUUGCUAAAAUUGACCAAGGUGACUUGAUGACACCCCAGUUCACCCCUUAUUACGUAGCACCUCAGGUACUGGAGGCACAGAGAAGGCAUCAGAAGGAGAAGUCGGGCAUCAUACCUACCUCGCCAGUACCCUACACGUACAAUAAGAGCUGUGACUUAUGGUCCCUGGGGGUGAUUAUCUACGUGAUGCUCUGCGGAUACCCUCCUUUUUACUCCAAACACCACAGCCGGACUAUACCAAAGGACAUGCGGAGAAAGAUCAUGACCGGCAGUUUUGAGUUCCCAGAAGAAGAGUGGAGCCAGAUCUCAGAGAUGGCCAAAGACGUUGUGAGGAAGCUCUUGAAGGUCAAACCAGAAGAAAGACUCACCAUUGAGGGAGUAUUGGACCACCCCUGGCUCAACUCGACUGAGGCCCUGGAUAACGUGCUACCUUCUGCUCAACUGAUGAUGGACAAGGCGGUAGUUGCCGGAAUCCAGCAGGCUCAUGCCGAGCAACUGGCCAACAUGAGAAUCCAGGAUCUGAAAGUCAGCCUCAAACCCCUGCACUCGGUGAACAACCCCAUUCUAAGGAAGAGGAAGUUACUUGGCACCAAGCCCAAGGACGGCGUCUAUAUCCAUGGCCAUGAGAAUGGAGCUGAGGAUUCAAAUGUUGCCCUGGAAAAGCUUCGAGAUGUGAUUGCUCAGUGUAUUCUCCCCCAGGCUGGUAAAGGAGAGAAUGAAGAUGAGAAGCUGAAUGAAGUGAUGCAGGAAGCCUGGAAGUAUAAUCGGGAAUGCAAGCUCCUGAGGGACACUCUGCAGAGCUUCAGCUGGAAUGGUCGUGGAUUCACAGAUAAAGUAGAUCGACUAAAACUGGCAGAAAUUGUGAAGCAAGUGAUAGAAGAGCAAACCACUUCCCAUGAAUCCCAAUAACGACAGCUUCAACUUUUUUUUUUUAAGCAAUUUGAAAAAUUAUUCUUUAAUGUAUAAAGAAAUUUUUAUGUAAAUUAAUAAAUCAUAAUUUCAUUUCCACGUUG